AUGGGGUCGCCUUAUCAUAACGACGGCGCGUUCCCUCAUUACCUGAAUUUUUUGCUGGAAUCUGCUCUCGACAGCUCCUUAGUUCUUGUCAAUAAUUCGUUAUCUAAAGGCGAUCUCGCUCAUUCAUUCGUCACUGUUCGUUCAAUUUCGACAUUUGCAACUUUACAAACCAUGAACGAAGUCACUAAUUCGUUCAUGUUACAAACAUUAGGAACUUCAGCGAUUCAGUUUCGCCCAAGAUGGUUUUUCUGGGCGAAGGUGGCCGAGGCCGAAGCUUCGGUCGAACAC